UGGUGUCUUGGGGUAGACGGCAAUAUUAGAAAACAGCGUGCCCUGGCUUGUAGGUAAUUCAUGGCUGAGCUGAUUAAUUAAUUACUAAUUAUAUGAUAAAAUGGUUGACGGUGUUUAGCUUCUUAAUGGCCUCUCGUAUAAUUUGACGGUGCUUAGCUUUCCGAUCAGACUAUAAAUUGGCCUGAAAUAAAAUGGAAUUUCAUCAACUUCCCAAAAAAAAAACAUAAAGUGAAAAAAAAGUGAAAAAAAUAAAAAUAAAAAGAGUGAAGAUGGGAUUGAAACUGAAAAAUGUCUUGCCAGUAUUUGUGUUCUUGUUGUUAGCAUCCACAGCUAAAGCCCAAACAGUGUUUGAUGUGACAAGUGCAAAAUAUGGUGGAAAGCCAAACUCUGAUAUUACCCAGGCUUUGAGCAAGGCUUGGACAGAUGCAUGUGCUUCAACAUCACCAAGUAAACUUGUUGUUCCAAAAGGAACAUUCAAGUUUUUAGGAACAACUUUUAAAGGUCCUUGCAAGGCUCCUAUCGCGUUCCAGCUCCAAGGAAUAUUGCAGGCUCCAGCAGAUGGCAACCAACUCCCAAAGAAGGAUACUUGGAUUAGUUUCGACCACAUUGACCGGCUCACCAUAUCAGGUGGUGGAACUUUUGAUGGCCAAGGAGCAAUUUCUUGGAAAGAAAAUGAUUGCCACAAAAACAAAAAUUGCAAAUCUAUUGCCAUUAAUUUGAGGCUCAACUUCAUCACCAAUUCCAGAAUUGAGUACAUAACUACAAAAGAUAGCAAAAAUUUCCACGUCAAUGUUUUGGGGUGCACCAAUGUUGCAUUCCACCAUUUCACCGUCUCAGCACCUAAAGAGAGCAUUAACACAGAUGGAAUCCACAUUGGACGUUCCACUGGGAUCAGCAUCAUUGACUCAACCAUCAAAACUGGGGAUGAUUGUAUCUCAAUUGGUGACGGUACCAAAAAUCUCAACGUGACCAACGUUACUUGCGGACCAGGCCAUGGCAUAAGCAUCGGGAGCCUUGGAAGGUACCAGAAGGAAGAACCUGUGUCUGGGAUCACAAUCAAGAACUGCACCUUGACUGAUACACAGAAUGGUGUGAGAAUCAAAACAUGGCCUGCUUCCCCAUCAGCUGGUACUGCCUCAGAUAUUCACUUUGAGGAUAUUAUCAUGGUUAAUGUUGGUAACCCUAUCCUCAUAGACCAAGAGUACUGCCCAUGGAACCAGUGCACACUAAAGGUUCCAUCCAAAGUUAAGAUCAGCAAUGUUAGCUUCAAAAACAUCAAGGGCACAUCUACCACUCCACUUGCUGUCAAGCUUGUAUGCAGCAAAGGCCUACCAUGUGAGAAAGUGGAACUAAGUGACAUUGAUUUAAAGUACACUGGAAACCAAGGCCCUCUUACCUCUAAAUGUACUAAUGUCAAGCCCACGAUUACUCGCGUGACAAAGCCUCUUGCUUGUGCAACCUCUGCUUGAUCUAACAAGUACAAACCAUGCUGAUGUUUCUCCAGAGGUGGAAAAUAUCAGUACACUUUUGUUGUUGAAUAAAUUACCCAUGAGUCUUGCUCAAGUGACGUGAUACGGGUGGGGUGAGGGGGUAGAGCUUUUAUGUUCUAACCUCCUUGUAAUUAUUUUUUGUUCUAUUUUAUUUUUUGACAAAACGUCAUUUUUUGGUCCCUAUAGUUUGUCGUUUUUAUCACUAAGGUCCAUGUGGUUUCAAUUUGAACAUUUUAUUAAAUGUUAUUUCAAUUUGAAGCAAUUUAAAGACAAUCCUCAAUUUCUAUCAAAUUCUUUUAACUUCUGUUAUUGGUGCAGGGGUAAUCUAGUAAACAAGUUAUUAAAAAAUUAAUUCUUUUAAAAAUAAACAAUACAAAAUGGAAAAAUUAAUAAAUAAAUAAAUAUCUUCUUCUCCCCUCCCUAGAAGCCUUCGUCCCUCUCUGCUGUAUCUCUCCCUCUUCAUUUCUCCACCACCUGAUAGCAUCCUAUACCCAGCCCCACCCCUACCCCUAGCCGUGACACACCCCCAACCCCAUCCCUACCGACAACCCAACACCAACGCACCAACCCCCUUCAGCCCUCUAUCUCUCUCCGAUUGGGCCCUCCACCUCUCCCCACCAUAGCCCACUAAUCAUCUCUCCACCACCACCACAACCUAAAACUAGAUAUUCUCCAAUAUACAGCUUUGUUCAUCAAUCGAUUUUUAAUAAAUUGGCGAUAGCCAUAGAUUUUACCCUUCCCAACUUCAAGUUCUGCUCCUCAAAAAUACCAUCAAAUAAGCCAUAAUAAGUGAGAAUAAAAUUGAAAUAGGAGUAGUUCUUGGUGGGUGGGCUGGGCUGGAGCUAUGAUUUUUUUUUUUUGGCAGAUCUAUUGGCCAUAUUGUAAUAAAUUAUGAGCAAUGUGGUCUUUUGCUUGCAUUCAAUUUUUUGGGCUGGACUCGAGACAGAGAGACAAAGAGAUAGGUGGGGUGUCUUGAGAAGUUUUGUGUUGGGAGGGUGGUAAGGGUUGGUUGCUGGGUGGGUGAUGUUGGGUAGUGGCUUGUUAGAUGGUGGUUAUGGUGGGAGGGGGAGGGCAUGGGAGAGAGAGGGGGAGGCACCAAAUUUAAAAAGGAAUGAAUUUGUGUUAUUUAUUAUUAUUUUUUCCAUUUUGUAUUUGUUAUUUUAAAAAGGAAUGAUUUUUUUAAUAAUUUGACCGAAUUGCCCCCCUCGCAAGUAAUGGAAGUUUAAAAAAUUUAACAAAAAUUGAGAGUUGUCCUUGAAUUACUUGAAAUUGAAACCACAAGGACAAAAAUAUUCAAAUU